UUUCGUUUCCAUAUACUUGUAUUCAUCUUCUUCCUCACAUGCUCUCUUCCAUUCUCAGCAAACCCAUUUCAAAAUUCUAAGAGAGAACAAUGGCUGCUAACACUUUAAUGAGCUGUGGCAUUAACGCCACUGCUUUCCCUUCUCUUCUUUCUUCUUCUAAAUCUAAAUUUGCUUCUUCAAUUCCUCUUCCUAGUUUCAAUGGCUCUUCUUCUCGUAUUUCCAUGUCUGCUGAUUGGAUGCCCGGCCAGCCUCGCCCUCCUUAUUUAGAUGGAUCAGCUCCUGGUGAUUUUGGGUUUGACCCACUUCGGCUUGGUGAAGUUCCUGAGAAUCUUGAGAGAUUUAAGGAGUCUGAACUCAUCCACUGCAGAUGGGCUAUGCUUGCUGUUCCUGGAAUCCUAGUACCAGAGGCCUUAGGAUUGGGGAACUGGGUGAAGGCACAAGAGUGGGCUGCAAUUCCUGGUGGUCAAGCUACCUACUUGGGCCAACCAGUUCCAUGGGGUACUCUCCCUACUAUUUUGGUCAUUGAGUUCAUUGCCAUUGCUUUUGUUGAGCACCAACGUAGUAUGGAGAAAGACCCUGAGAAGAAGAAGUACCCAGGUGGUGCUUUUGACCCUUUAGGCUACUCUAAGGACCCUAAAAAGUUCCAUGAAUACAAGGUUAAAGAACUCAAGAAUGGUCGGCUAGCAUUGUUGGCAUUUGUGGGUUUCUGUGUGCAACAAUCAGCAUACCCUGGAACAGGACCAUUGGAGAACUUGGCAACUCACUUGGCUGACCCAUGGCACAACAACAUUGGGGAUAUUAUCAUUCCCAGAUCCGUUUUGCCUUGAACAAAACGUUAUGUAUUCCAUUGUAAAAUUCCAUGAAUCCAUGUAACCCAUCUCUAAUGAAAACAGAAUUCAUUUCAAUACACUCGCUUGAUGUGAAAUUACAAGUAGUUUUUCCUUUUUUUGA